ACACAGCACUCACUCCAUUCAUCAGCAUACCAUGUUUUACUCUUCCGUAAUCUACGAUGUGUUCCUCAGCUUUAGAGGGGAAGACACGCGUCAUGGUUUCACUGGUAAUCUCUAUAAGGCUCUGUGUGACAAGGGAAUUCACACUUUCAUCGAUGAUGAGGAUCUUCAGAGUGGAGAGGAAAUCACACCAGCACUUGUGAAGGCAAUUGAAGAGUCUAGGAUUGCCAUCGUUGUUCUCUCUCAAAACUAUGCUUCUUCCUCCUUCUGCUUGGAUGAACUUGCAACCAUCCUUCACUGCCACACCCAAGGAUUGUUGGUUAUACCGGUCUUCUAUAAGGUCAACCCUUCUGUUGUCAGAGAACAUAAGGGGAGUUAUGGAGAUGCAUUGUCUGAGCAUGAGAGAAGGUUCGAAGAUUUGGAGAAGGUGCUUAAAUGGAGGAUGGCUCUGAGUCAAGUAGCUGAAUUCUCUGGCUAUCAUGUCGAAGACGGAGUUGGAUAUGACUACAAGUUUAUUAAGAGAAUUGUUGAGGAAGUCUAUCACAGGAUUAUUCAUGCUUCUUUUGUACAUAUUGCGGAAGCUUUCCAAAUGAUACAAACCAUGGGGAUGGGUGGGGUAGGAAAAUCAACACUUGCUCGAGCUGUCUACAAUGAUUUAAUUCGUGAGAUGAUUACUUCUUUUGGUAGUCAUGUUUCCUUAAAAGGCCUUGAACCGACAAAGGUUAAAGAUAUACCUCAUGCUCAUUAUGAUCGUUCAAAUUGUUUACCAUUCACGUUCGAUAUCUUUUGGAAGGAGUUGGCGAAGCUAACCGUCUUGAAUGUUGAACAGUGCGAAGUUUUGACAGAGAUACCUGAUCUUUCUAAUCUCCCAAAUUUGGAGAAACUUUCACUUAAAGAACUUCGUAUUUUUCCACUUCGCAACUUAACCCCUAUUAAAAGCCUACAACUUUCAAAUUGUUCCAUUCUUGAGAACUUCCCAAGAUUGACCACAGGUUUCAGAGAUUUUUUUUUUCUUUCUAUUUUGUUUCCCGUUUUUAUCAUUUUUAUUUUAUUUACAAGCUAAAUGAUCUGACACAACCUGAAUAUGACCACAUUAUUUGGAUUUGUGAUGAUAACUAUACUGCCGGGACCAAACCAAUCAGGACUUCCUGCAAUUCCCUGUAAUUGCUUGUGCUGGUCUACAUCAUCCAGAACUAAGAGAACCUUCUUUCGCUUGAGCCUAUUCUUUAUUAUUGAAAUUCCUUGUUGCUCACUUGCUAGGUUGAUUUUCUUCAUUCCAAGUACCUCUGAAAGAAUGAUGCUGUGAAUGUGUUUUAGCCCGUGUUUGUUUGAUUCUUCUCUUACAUUUUGAAGAAAACACGAACCUUCAAACUGAUCAGUGAUCAACACUACGUCAUUUUUCAUUUUAGACCACACUAAAAUGUAGUACAGUCCUAUAAAUGUUGUUUAAAUAUAUUAAAUACAACAAUUUUGUAAAUGUGACAUAAAGCAAAUCAAGACCCACAUUUAUUUUAAUGUUGUCUUGAAAACACGUGGGCUAAAAAGAGAUAUGGUCCGAAAGAAAGUGAAAACCACUUUUAAGAGUUUUUCUUCAUUUCCCUCCCUUACGUUAGAUCGAAAAAUGUCUCUCCCCGUUGCACGUUCACAUAUUGUCUCUCUCAUUCACGGUUGCACACCACUCCAUCUCCUCCGUUGACUGUUGCCAGUUCAACUACGUUGCCUCUCCAGAUCAACCAUCGCCACUUCCUGUCGAGUCCAAUUGCGUCGCGGCUUCCUCUCGAGUCCAACUGCGUCGCGGCUUCCUCUCCCAUUCACUGUUGCGAUUUUCAUUUCUCUGGUAGCUAAGCCAUUGUUUCUUCCCUCUUCAUUUCCGUUUAUUGCUCGUCGUUCUUUAUGGUUUCUCUCUAACACUCAUUGUUCUCCCCUUUUGUAAUUUUGACAUCUCACAUUCUAGGGUUUAUCUCUUCUGCAUCUACAUUGUUUCUAAUCUCUUCACAAUUGAUCGGUUCAAUCAAGGUUUUUCUCUUACCUCUGCAAUUUAGUGUUUAGUCCCUGAUUUUUUUAAUUUCUUUGAAUUUGGUUUAAUUAAUUUUGCUUCUGAGAUGAGGUUUAUUGUUUUUGUUCUUAGUAUAUCUAUCAUAGUUCUUACUGCGGAAUGACCAAACUAUUGUUCAUGAAAAACUUAGAGUGCCAGAGAUAGGAGGUGUAAGAAAAAGAGCUUCUGUAUAUAUAAUAUAAAUUAAAUUUGUAAUCAUAUUGUAGUAAUUAGUUUAUAAGUAAAAUAGAAGUAAAGUUGUAAUCAUACUUCUCUAAAGAUACAGAGUAGUUUCUUCAGAACCUGUGAUUACAUCUAAAUUUUUCAGAAUAUAAAUUGUAAAUGGUGCUAAAACCUCUGUGUGCAGAAAUUGUUAUUAUAACCGAUGCAAUUGAAAAAUAACCAUUGUGCUGCUUUGUCAAAUUGUUACAAUUGUUUGGUAAACUAUUUUCCUUUGCAGGGCCCCCAUCAUAUAACGUUUUGCUGUGAGACAUUUUUUAUGCUUUAUAUCCAAUCCAAGCAACAUGAAGACAAAUUUGUCUGCUUGGUUAAAUUAAAUAUUCCAAAGAAGAACAGAAUGAGUUUUAUAUGUAAUCUUAUUUUAGUCAUGCUUAAUUGACUCUGGUUAAGAAUAUUUGUUUGGUAAGGCUACCUUUUGCACCUUCACUCAACCAAAAUAAGAAUAAGAAACAUACUAAUAAUGUUGAUGUCGUAUUUUUGCUUAUGCAUAGUAUCUAUUUUUGGUUCAAACAAACACAAUAAAUAAUUUGUAUCAACAACUUGUGCUACUGUAUUAUAUUAUGACCUUUGUGUUGUUCUGAGGCGAGUUUUACCAAGUGGUGUGGAGGGCACAGUUAUAAGAGAAAGCUGCUAAAGUUUUUAUUGGUGAUUUUUCAGACUUUGCUGGUUCAAUGUUCCCUACAACAAUCAUAUAUAGCUUUCAAGGGAAGUAAGAAACUUCUUUGCAUCAUUUGGGUAAGAUUAGGUCAGAAGCUUUACUUAACUCUACAUAGCCUAAGUAUAUAAUAAUGUUGCCUACAUGACUAUUAAACACACCUUAAUCUUUGAAAAAUCUGGUAGUGUAACUAUCACUUCACUAUAUAUACUAUUCAUUAUUUAAAACACCUAAAUUCAAAUGUAAAAUAAAAAUAUUUUUCCUAUAUUUUUUAUUCUAAUGGUAUUGACAUAAAAAAUAUUAGUUCUUAAAGCCAAAAUUGUUUCACAGUGUAAUUUUAUAUUUUUAAAAGUUAUUUUCAGAAAUAUCACACUUAAAAGUAAAAGUGAAGAAAAAAACAUAAAAAAUAAAUUGAGAACUGUUUCUCUAAGGUCGGGCUAUGCUAUGGCAUUGCAUGAUUGAAAUGUCACUUUUCUUUUCGGUGAUAUUUUCACUACUGUUUGCUGUUUGUGGAAACUUUGUUGAAGCAUUAUUUAUGAAUUAAGAACUUCUGGGUAGAUUGGUAAUUUCAUUGAGUUGAAAGAAAAUUUUAGAAAAGAUGUACUUAGUUUUACCUUGGAUUGAAGCUAGAGGCUUUGGUAAGAAUUAGGAGCAGUGAGCGUAAGACUAUUGAUUUUUGCUAAUCAAUGGUGUAUUUCGUUGAAAUGGAUUUUUAAUUGUUUUAAUUUUCAUAUUAGUUUUUAAUUUAUUUGUUUAAAUGUUGUG